AUGUCGCGAGAGGGGAGCGCGGGCUUACUUCCACCUGCCAGUCAUUCUCCACGAGAUAGCACUAAGUCGCGCCGCAGUAAUCGCAGUAAUUGCGGAGGAACUUGGUGCUUAGCCGCUGGCGUUCUUGCACCACGAGCUCCUCCCGCGCAGCCAAGGUUCCCUUUUCCGUUUGAGCAGGGCCGAGUGAAAAAGACUGAGAAGCGGCUGGUGAUGGGUGAUAAAGCUCUGCAGAUUUUACAGGUGCUGUUGAAGUCACGUGGCUUUGAUGGCGUUUUAAAAAAGGUUUCUCUUCUUACUUCAAGUCCGGGAAAGGUGGUUUGUGAAAUGAAAGUUGAAGAAGAACAUACCAAUCUGCUGGGCACGCUACAUGGUGGCUUUACAGCAACUCUGGUAGACGUUAUAUCUACAGUAGCUUUUCUCAACACUGAAAGGGGAGCACCUGGAGUCAGUGUGGACAUGAACAUAACGUACUUGUCCUCCGCUAAGAUCGGGGAAGAAAUACUGAUUGCUGCUCAGGUUAUGAAGCAAGGAAAAACUCUUGGCUUUGCAAGUGUGGACCUGACAAGCAAGACCACAGGAAAGUUGAUAGCACAAGGCAGACACACAAAACACCUAGGACACUAAAAGCACAAUUUCCUCAG